UGUUAGUUGUGUAUCUGUAUUCGCUGUCAAGUGUGACUUACCGAUUUUGAAAUGUUGGUUGAAUCAAUGAAUGAUACUACUGAUAGAUUGAUACGUGAGGGUAUAUAUACCACUAGGAAUAAAAAAAAGCUAAUAUGUUUGGAGAUCAGAAAAUGAGAGAGGACAAACUCCUAAUAAAAGCUUCGGGUCAUGGAGAACUCUCAGCCAAAGGGAGUUCGGCUGACACUGGUAAUGGUACUACAGAGAGCCAAACCAAUGAAAACAUCCAUAAUAAUAAUAAUACAGCUAAUAAUGAAAACCAAGGGUCAGCAGGAAAUGCUUCAGGAAGUGGGGGAAAUGGAAAUAAUGGAGGGGAUCAUAGAGAUGGUAAAAAAAAAGAUGAUGGGGAAGAAGAAGACAAUGGUGGAAGUCAUGAACAGGACCCACCAGGGAGUAGUAGCAGUAGCAGCAGUAACAGUCUUGGAGUUUCUACUAUGCCAGUGGAGGGUAAAGAAACAUCAACCAGCAAUGCUGAUGAUUCAAAAACUGAAACUUGCAUAAUAGAAGAAUCCCAUCAACGAGUAGAAGAGGUUCCACCUUUGGAAGAGAAAUUUAUCCAACAAAAAGAUACUCAUGUAGAAGAAUCAUUGGAAGAAAUCAGCCUUGCCACUAGUAAAAAUCAGGAGGCAUGUUCAGAAAAAAUAGAAAAUGUACAGUCAGGAGUUAUCCUAAAAUCAGAUCUUUCUUCCCAAAAAAAUAUUUUUGGUGUCGAAGAAACAGAAGAAUAUGGUUGGGAUUCACCUCAGGACCCUGUUUGUAUUCUUCAGCUCUCCAAAGAUGCCUCACUCACCACAGAAAGUGUUGAUGAUGAAGGAAUGUACAUCAUUCCACCAUCACCAGAAGCCUAUGGUCCUACCCCAAUAAUGUUUCCCGGCACUCCUUCACUAGAAGAAGAUGUGGCAGAAACAGAAGCAGACUACCCUGAUACAAAAGACAUAAAGCAAACAGAGGAACCUCUGAUCUCUCUCUCUUUGGCAAAAGUAAGAAAAUGUGAGAACAAGGAUGUGCAACAGCAAUAUUCAGAAGCUAUCAGCCACUCAUCCGGCAUCUCGACAAAAAGAACAUCUGAAAGAAAAGAUGUGGUUUCUAGUGAAAAUAAGCAGAUUGGUUCAGAAGAGAGGUUAGAUUCUCUCUCUGUCUGUCGUAAGAUAAGUUUCAGCCAGGAUGACUCUUCUCAAGAAAGUACACCAGAAAAGGUUAGGGAUCUCUUGGCAACUCGAAAGUCUCGAAUACAGAGUUUCUAUAAAGAUCCAGAGACCUUACAUCAAGAGGUGAAAGAAGUGUUACAAGAAGGAGCAACAACAACAACACUUGUACCACAUUCACAUGUGUCAACACCUGAGUCUUGUUCUAGUGGUGGACGUGCCUACCGCAUGCUUCCCAAGAGGGAAAGAGGGGUCGGUGAUUCACCCAAGAAGAGUCCAAAGAUGGGUGAAAAACGCCAUGCUCAAGCUUCAUCUCCAGUUCUUACUACUAAACAUAGAAAACACUUGGAAAUGGAACAAUACAGUAGCAUAUCUGAUGCUGAGAUGGCUCAGGAAGAAAAAACAGAAUCGCAGGGUGAAAUGGAAGAAGAAUGGCAUCUUCAUCUUUCUGCUUCUGAAAACACCCAGUCUUUCGCCUUUUCCUCUCAAGAAGGGUCACCUGAAAACAUAAGUACAGGCUCUUUGGAUAAAAUAUCAACAUCCAUCCAAAAAGAACACCAGACUGGCUCAUCUUUCUCACUUUCAAAAGAAACUGUGAAGACUUCACCAAUUUUGGAUGAAACUGAGCCAGUUACAUUACCUUUAAAAGAUACUGAAGAAGCCAAAGUGUUAUCACAACAAACUGAAAAAUCAAGGUUAUCACAAGAGACAAAGGAAGCCACACCACUAUCUCAAAUAAUUGAGCCUACAGAAGGGAUUGAAGAAACAUCCCCUUGUUCAGAAGGUGUUUUACUUCCUAGAACAGAAACAUUUCAAUCUAGACCUCAAUUUUCUUUUGAGAUUCCAGCUAGACUGAGAGAUGUGGAAAAGGAGCAGAUGGACAAACAGUUAUCACCACAAAAGUCCACAAUAUUUACUAAAAUCAAGGAGCUAAAAUCAGCUGUUGUGGAGGACACUCAACCUCUUGCAGGUUCUGAAGGCUCGUGGUCAGGCCAGCCAAUAAGCAACCCAUCUAGAAAGGAUGAAGAUUCAGAACUUCCCUCUACUCCUAAAAUUUCACAAGGUAAUGAUAGUCUUGAUGAAGGAGCAUUAGUUGUGUGUUAUAAGCCAACAAAAGAUCCAGAAUUAGAGCUAUCAGGAGAAUUGGAAAAAAGUGAUGACUGUCAACUGACACAUUUCAGGCAAGUUAAAGGAAGAAGAUCACCAGUAAUAUCCCAAACACAAGAUCAGGAAGUAAUGACAGUUGAACAGACAAUGAAAGGGGAUAUUUCUGUUUCGUAUGAGAUGAAAGACAAGAUGUCUUCACGAGGUGAUAAGGAAAAGGGCAAAAAAGUCCUAAAAAGACCCACACAGAAGCAUCAGCAUAUAGAAGUAAGUGAUGUGGAGCCUGUUGUCAAACAAAAGAAACAAACAUCAGAGCCAGAGCAAGAAAAACUGUCAAGUCAGCUACCCAAGAAGCAACCUCUGGCAGGUGAGACAGAGAGGAGUGUACUAUCACCAUCCCUUUCAACACAAGAAAAAGGAGUUCAAGUUGAAAUAACAUCUUCAGAACCUGUUUCCCAAGUUUCAGAUUCUCCUAGAAGAAUAGAAACCAGUGCUGUUCAGGAUCCUGCAACCAAAGAUAAGGAAAAAACCAAUGAAACUCCCAAGAAAGAAGAAUCAACAUCUUUGUUAAUACGUGUCACUGUGCGGAAGAUUGUCACAAAGGAGUUUAUGUACAAUGGUAAAGUUGUGAAAAAGACUGUUGAUGAGGAAGAAGAAGAACCCAUUGUUCAGGAGAUACCAGAAGAACAUAUCUCUCCUACUGGCUCCACAUCUUCUUCAUCUAGAGUGACCUAUGUUUCUCAUCGUAGUUCUAUUACAUCAGGAGAGUUAGGUGACAUUAGUUCCUUGGGAACUACCACAUCUAGUGGUGUAACUUCUUCUCUGGCUUCUAGCUCAACCAGCAGGUCUUCAGAACACACUACAGCCUCCCAGCGAUCUCAGUUAAGCAAGACAUCUUCAACUUCAAGUUUAGACAAAGUAUCUUUGAUUAGAACAACUACGCGUAGUUCCGAUCCAGGAAAUAUUCCCCAUAGCGAACAGGAUCCAGACACUAGUCAAGAAGAUAUGUUUCUCCGACCACAGUUUGCUCUCAGUAGAAGGCCUGUUCAAGAUAAAUCAGGAGGACAUCAAGAACAUUCUGAUAUAUCUGACUUGUCUCUACCUUUAGCUGAGUCAACUCGUGUGACUAGAAGUUUGGCUAUUUCAGAUUUUUCAACAGGUCAGUCACAAAGUUUAGCUGAGUCAGAUAAGGGAACUUUUCCACAGACUCCCAAGCAAAGAAAAAAUGCUCGUAGUAGAAAAGAUGCUGGGAAAAAACAGGAAAAACUCGCUGAAGCAUCUUUUAAUGAACAAAAAACUGCAGAAGAUCUGCAAAGUAUUGAGGAAUCUGGGCAUAAGUCCAGUGAAACAUCAGGAUCAAGCCCAGAAAUCCCAUUGGUGCAUCUUGUUAGAACAAAAGAAGUUCAGGAGAAAAGCACAACUGAAGAGAGUAUACAAAGCUUUGGGGUUCUUCCAGGAAAGCGAGUAAUGGCUAAGUGGAGAGAUGGCUACUAUUAUCCUGGAACAGUGAAAAAACCCGAAUCCAAUGGAAGAUGGUCAGUUCAGUUUGAUGAUGGAGAUACAAGAGCUAUUCGAGAGUGUGACCUAUUAGUGAUGGCUCUACUUCAUGAGGGAUUGAGUGUUCUUGCUUUGUCAGAAGAUGAUUACUAUGACCCUGGAAUAGUAAGAGGACAUUACCGAGAAGGAAAUGAAGUUGGUUAUGUUGUAGAAAGAGAUGACAGAGUUACAAAGAGAUAUCCACGUGCAUCAGUAAUCCUGUCAGCUGAUCAGGCUGCUGCUGUUGUGUCUCCGAUGUUCCAUUCACCAGCUCCUACAGCAGCAGUCAGCUUAGACAACAUUGUGGAAGGAAGACGACGACGUACUCCAUCUUCAUCUGGCACUUCUCCAGGUGGAACAAAGUUACCAGAGGGCAAAAGAAAACGAUGUAAAAAUCUUGAUCCCAACCUUCAAAGUACUGCUACUGAUACAGCAGAGGAUAGUUUUUCUGAAGCACUGGCUAAACAGUCACCAAUAUUCAAAAAGAUAUCUGGAAAAUCUCCAGCUCGAUCUAGCCCUCAUAGCAGGAAAGCUAAAAGUACUGGGUCUACACCUUCUGGAAGAAAUAUAAGAAAAGGAACACCUCUUGCUAAGCAAGACAAAUCUAGUGAGACUUCUGAAACUGAAAUAACUCCAUUUAGUCAUACCCCACAACAAAGAAGACCUAGAUCUCAUUAUGGAGAGGAAAGUCAGAGGGAAGCAACAUCUCAUUCAAUAACUGAGUCACAGUUACCAGUACUGUCCAGUGAAAGAUCAGAUCUUGUGACACAAUAUGGUCCCAUACCUUCAGCUGGUAGUACAUUAUUUCAUAGUUUGGGGUUUAUUUUGAGUUGUGCUGACCGAACAUCAGGUACCAAGAAAGACUCAAAUAAACCUUUUCAGGAGAAUUUUUCUUCUACUGAAGACUCCAGUGCCACAGAAGAUCUUAGUAGUGAGGACAAGAGUUCUGUGCCUUUCAACAAGAAAUAUCUGAAAGAACAAUUAGAAGCUGGGGGAGGAAUCAUUUUAGAGAACUUUCAAGACACUCAAAAAACAUCAGCCAAAGAAGUGUUUUUGCUAUCCGACACUUAUUUACGUACAAUCAAAUACGUUCAGUGUUUGUCUGCUGCCAUACCAUGUAUUUCUCACAUAUGGGUGAUAGACUGUUGCAGAAUGAAUAAACUUCUUCCAUACAAGUCUUAUUUGCAUCCUGCAGGAUAUAGUAUUGUAACGAAUUCCCUUAUUGAGUGGCAUUCCAAAAGUACUGUGUUGAAGGGUCUUCAUGUCCUAAUCGUAUCUAAGAAUGAAGAUUUCGUUAGCACAUGGGCACCUGUGCUUUUGGCUGCUAGAGCAGAGAUGGUACGUCGGCUGCCUCGACAAGAACAGUCCGGUGAGAGUGGAGUUGAGGAAAAAAGAACAGCACAGCGUUCGGGUCCUUACAGUGUUGACAUUGUUCUGUCCGAUCCAUCCUGCCCUCAAGACGUGUUAAAACGAGCACAACAACUUUCUAUACCAGUGUUAUCUAGCGAAUGGAUUAUUCAGUGCCUUAUUAAUGGACAACGGCUUCCAUUUAAUGCCCACUCAAAGUUUAAGUAUGACUAUAAGGACUGAAAUAAGGCAGUUUUUAAAUGUCUGUAAGAUGUACAGUGUGUUAUUGUGUAGAUCACUGUUAUUUGUGUGUUUGAUUGGCAGUUUGCUUGCUUGUUAUACUUUUUGUUUUCUCUGAGCAACAUUGGUUUUAUACCAAGUUUUUAGACUGUAUAUAUACUUAUGUAUAGAUACUAGCCUUUUAACCAUGUACAUGUGAACGACAAUGAUUUAUUACUUGUUUACAAAUAUAUUGUUGCAUUUUAGAUCUUCACCACAAUAGAUUUUACUUAAAAAAGAUCUUAAUGAGAAUGGAUUUUUGUGUUUAAUAGUGAAGUUAAUAAAUUUUGUUAUUGGUUGUUUUUUUUCCUCCUUUUCUUAAAAAGUAUUUUUAUCAAUGUGCAAUAGGUUAGUUAGAAGUUUAGUAGAAUAUUUAUAACUUUUCUUUCACACAGUUUUAACUGCUAUAGCUGCCAAUAAUUCUGUGAAGAAUGUAUUAAAUGUGAGCUUUAAAACUUCACAAAGAUUCUAAGAAUUCACAUUUUUGCUGCAAGUAGUUUCAAGUUAUUAUCAGUUGAUGUUUAGUAAAUUUCACAAUAUGGAGCAUAAAGAAAAAUCACAUCUUUGUACUUUUGUCAGUUGAAAUUAUUACUUCAGAAUUAGUUUUUUUUCCCUCAUCUUUUACUUUCUUUAUACAGUUUAUGUUGUUCAAAUUACUGGUAUUUUUUCACCUUUUAUUUUGCAGUAUAGAAACAGAUGCUAAUUGUUAUUAUUGUAGAAUUUGAUCACGUGUUAGUUAAUGCUGAAAUGUAAGCAAGAAAAGAAUAUCACUCUAAUUUGCAUGAUUAUAAUAACUGAAGUAACGUUAAAAAUAUUACUUUAACUUCUUUUUGUCACCGCAGAAUCAUGAGUUAAUGGCUUUUCAUUUUUUGAAACAGAAAAUUUUGUAUAGACGACUGAUUUUAAACACCAUUAUUGUUUCAUAAACUAAAAAUUAAUUAUUGGUAAUAGUGUGACAGAUGUGCAUGAGAUAAAUAAUUACAGUAUGCCAAUACUGAUGUGACACAAAGUUAACUUGUUUGUGAAAGAAGAUAUAUAAAUUAGCAUGAAAACUUGAGUAAAUCUGUAGUAUAUUGUAGGUGUUAAAAGUUUCUCAAAAGCAGUUACAGUGUUUGACAUUACCUUAAUUGUAAACGUUUUAAUAAAUAUCUGUAUGCUGUUGUCCUUUUUAUCAAGUCAACUUAUAUAUACAUACAUAUGUAAGAUGAUAUAGAAUUUUUGUUUUUAAAACAGUAGUACAAGCAAAUUUUGAUUGAUUACGAUGUUGUUUUUUGAACAUUCACGUAUUUUCUCAGACUGUUUUUUAUGUGAAAGAAUAAGAUCAUAAAAUGUACAAAAUUUGCAGUAAA